AUGAGCCUCCAUCUACCUCCCCCAGCCUGUGUUGCUGAUAUUGUUAACGACUCAGACUCAGACUCGGUAUCAUCAUCCGACAGCGAGGAUGAGAAUGAUCAGACUUGGGACGACUGGGUAUCCGAUUCAAACGAACAGCAAGAGACCAAGUCUCUGUUCGACGAAACUGUUUUGCCAUCAGUAGAACGCGCUUUGGCUUAUGAUAGUGAAACUCAUCAUUUCAACUUGGAUGAUUUCUGCAAAAAUCUAUCGCUGGAUUUUCAUGGGCGCGUUCGUCUCAUCAACUAUAUCCGGAAAACUAAAGCGAGUCCAUCCGAGGCUCUAAAAUUAGAAGGAAAAGAGCCCUGGUUCCAGUCUGAUGAGUAUCUAGUGCCCGUCGUGGAAAACGACCCUCUCAUACAGGCAUAUGCUCUUGACUGGUCAGACUCCGACGACGACGCGGAUAAGGAUCCAAUGAAGAUGGACCCCAAUCAAAAGGUCAAACUCCUUGAAAAAAAACUUGCUCUCGCUCGACAAAGCCUUUUGGAUUAUCGUGCCUUGAUAGCUGAAAAGCUUAAUAUUUCAAAACAAGUUACAAACGUUGAAGACUUGUCUUCCAAAUUAGAAGCAAUCCCCAAAACUCGUGAUGAUGAUACCCAUUACUUUGAAAGCUAUGGUUCAAAUGAACUUUACGCCUCCACGUAUGCAGAUAUCCACGCAAUUAUGAUUAACGAUAAAGUUAGGACGUCAACAUAUGCUCAUUUCAUUUUGACGAAUCCAAGCCUGUUCCGGGAUGCAAUUGUCCUCGAUGUUGGCUGCGGCACGGGCAUCCUAUCUAUGUUUGCCGCGAGAGCGGGAGCGAAACGGGUCAUUGCUGUAGAUGCCAGCGACAUUGCUCUCAAAGCAGAAAAAAACGUUAUAGCCAAUGGGUUCCAGGAUGUAAUCACCGUCAUCCGAGGAAAGGUCGAAUCCAUUUCUCUCCCUGAAGGCAUUGAUAAAGUUGAUAUCAUUAUUUCUGAGUGGAUGGGAUAUGCUUUGCUAUACGAGUCAAUGUUGGACUCUGUUCUUGUGGCCCGUGAUCGCUUUUUGAAACCGGAAGGUGUCAUGGCUCCAAGCCAGUGUAAGAUGGAGUUUGGUCUUUGUGAUGCGAGCGAAAUACACAAAGAACGGAUAGGGUUCUGGGACGACGUCUAUGGAUUUGACAUGUCGGCGAUGGCCACUGACUUGUACGACGAAGCUAUUGUCGACGUUGUUGGUCCUGAAACCCUCAUGAGUGAACCAUAUACCAUUAAGGACCUCAACAUCGGUACAAUUACCUCUCGAGAACUUGAUUUUACCUCAACAUUCUCCUUAACCUCCACUGCGCAGAGGCGUACCAAGAUAAACUCUUUUAUCCUCUACUUUGACACCUUUUUCACUGCACAUGGUGGGCCAGUUCCACCUGACACCCAGGUGAAACUUGUCAAGGAGGGUGAGCCUGUUUUAGCAGAGUUGUGGCCAGUAGGCGGGAAAUCGGCUCUUCAGAGACGUCAGAGCAUGGGUAAAGAGAAGGAAAAAAUUACUAGCUUCAGCACGGGCCCCCUCAGUGUGCCAACUCAUUGGAAGCAAACUAUCUUCAUGCUUCGAGAACCAAUCACAGUGACCGAGGGUUCGAUUGUUAUCGGAACUUUCAUGUGCAAGAAGAGCACGACUAAUUCGAGGGAGAUGGACGUCGAAAUCCAUUAUUCAGUUAAACAGGAUGCACAAUCCUCCCCUGGCCCUACAACAGUACAGAUGUACAAGGUUCGAUGA